AUGGAUUCACUGUUGCUGUUCAGUAUAUCUCUCGUGUGGUUCGUCUGUCGUUCUGUGUUCUGUUUCGUUCUGCCCGCCACGAAUCCGUCCAUGGCCCAGGCCUCGGCCUCGGCGCCGCCGACUUCGCGGGGGCGCCCAGGGUCGUCGCCGCGGAGGCCGACGCCGACCUCGUGCUGCUCCGCUACGCGCGGCUACGCUUGCGCUGCUUCGACUACUUCCUCUACACGCCGCACGGAUCACGCUCGGAGGCCCGCGCGGUAUCCUCGCCUUCAACGUGUUCGACGAAAGUCCCGUGCUCCAGGACGUGCCUCUGCCGCCGCCUGCGAGGGGGAAAAGGCUAUCUUACGCCUACCACAAGCGCUGUUCCUUCCCGAUCCGGGACAUCACCGUCAGCCCAAGCAAAGAUUGCAUCAAGCACAUCGAGAUGGAAACUGGCCUGCCAAGAAGGGAGAACGUGGUGACCUCCGAGGAGUACCGCCGAGGUUCCACCAGAAGCCACGCCCUGAACCCCGCUGUGGUGGCUGGAGGGCCACCACAUGGAGCAUGCCGAUCCUGAUUCCAUUCUGUCAUGGGAGGACUGGAGCCCUGGCUGCACCGGAUGUCGAUGAGAUUAUCGUCGGGCCAAUACAUUCCAAGCUGCUGCCAUGGACGCCAGGCAGUAUCAGUGACAGUGAGCCCACGGAGGUGACGUUGCUGCCAGUCCUCAACACGGGUUUACCCGCAAUGAGUAUGGAUGAUGAUGUUGUGUACCUGCUGUCCAAGGCAUGCUCCUCUGGUGAGAUGGAAGUGGUGAUUGCUGUUGACUCGAGGAAGAAGACGCUGCGAGGAGUGGGCAAGCUUGUUGCCGGAAAAGACUUCACUGACAUGCGCAACCUCACCACCAAGAUCUCCAAGUAUCUCAGUCUCAAUACGGCCGCAGAAUGACGAACGGAGGCAUCAACAAGAUAUUUGAUGAGCAAAACUAGCAGGAAAAAGAAACUGUUGCGUGGGCAUUUGAAUUAGCUAUUGUAUUUGAUACAACACAAGAGAAAGAGGAUAAACGAACUGACCACUGACCGGUAGAAAGUGGCAAGGAGAGAAGUAUACUGUAUACAUGGGCCUUUGAGAUUUUCCAGGCAUUAUUCUUUUAUACAGGCGAAAGCCCAGAAGUUCCAACACUUAAUUGGUGUGAGGUUUGCCCUGGAAGCACACUACUCAUUAGGUUUUGAUAUAGUAGCAUCGCAGCGCGGCACUAACGAGGUGAGUAUAUGGGAUGAUUCGUGGUAGUAUAUUUUAUCUUGGAAUGGAUGAAGCUAGGAAAUGAUAAAUGGCCUUUGUACCUGUCAGUGCAGAAAAGUUCUCUGAAUUAAGUGUGUUUUCACUAGUUAUAUUGUUAUGUGUUAGCUCUGUAAUGUCAGUUUGAAGAAAACAUAUACCUUCAACUGUUUUCACUCAUCUCUGACGCAACUCUGUCUCAUCAGUGAUAAAAUGACUUCUGAACUAGUAUAUUUGGACAGACUCAACAAAUAGUCUCUUAUACCAUUUCCCAGUGAUCUGCGGCACACACACAGGCAUAGUUCACAAUACUUCCAGGCUGCUGGUAUACUUGUGUCGUUACUGGUCAUGCCAUGAUGCCACUGUUCACCAUGCUUAUGCAAAUCUUUUAGCAUAAAUGCUUAGUAACUAAAACAAAUUGUAUGGAGCACAUACCUUUUAAUAUAAAAUGCUAAGUGGUUGAUUAUGUUCUCUGUUUUAUGAUGUGCUCAAGCUACUACACUGUAUUUAUACGGGAAUGGGGUUUUCUGAUUGUAUUUAGGACAUAAACGCGAUCCCUAUGUGUGCCGUCAGAACUUUCUAGUUAAGUCCGUUUGUUGUAGAAGAAAAAGCUAUGUAAUCUGUCCCUGUUUUAUUGUUAUCAAGACAUGUGCGCUGCUAUGCAUGCAUAUUACCAUGCUCAUAACUUCGUGAAUAUAAUUUAGGUGUGCUUGAAGGUAUUAUUUUCCAUUUGAUCCAUGAUUAUAUUCAUCUUAUUCUUCUUGGGGUAUCUCAACCACGCAUUUGCUACAUGAUGAAUAUGUAAUGUUGUUUCAAGUUUUAUUUAUGAAUGUGUAACUCACACAAUUAAAGGUACAGCAUGUUUAUGAUGGAUGGAGGGUAAACAGAGUGGAAUAAGGUAUAUGAAAUCUAGCUGGUAAGGCCCAACACAACUUCUGUAUUCUGCAUUCUGCAGUUAUCAUGCAGCGUUGCACGAGUUGGUGGGCAUGGCUGUGCUAACUGUGGUGACUAAGGCAGUUUUAAACAAAUAUUUGUGUAGACCUCUGGCUUUGUGUUUUAGCUAGCUUUUCUUUAUAAAUUUUACAAUUUCUGCAACUGGUGUCUGCUGACUGCCAAGAUCAACCCAGGAGGAAAUUUGGAGGUAUUACAAACUAAAAUUUGCGGUUUGUAACUAGUUUUAGAGGGAGAAACUGCUCUCUCCAACUGUACUCAGAACCUGAAAGUGACUCAUAUGUAACGAAAAUGUGUGAGAGUGCAACGGUAUUCAGUGCGUUAGUGGGGCAUUUUAAUUGGGUACUAUUUAGUGCAUAAUCUGGCUUUUGGAACAAGGCCUUUGCAACUUGGUCACUCGGGUAAAAUCACUUAGUUGUUGGAGGUGUUAAUGCUCUGUUCGUAAAACCUUCAGUCUAUGAUGAAAAAGUUGUAACUGCUCUCGAAAGCAGCUGCAUACCAACAUGGUAGUUAUGACUUAUGAACUUGCUGUGGAGGGUCUCAUUGUGGAAGCAACUUGAAAUUGCAGUGGCCGUUAACUUUAUACUUCUGUUCAGAAAACUGGAGCUGCUGCUGUCUACAGUUAAAUACAACUUCUUUUGCUUGAGUUGUGUUGUGAGGCAUUAGCAGUACUCGAUGGCAAGUCCUAUUUAUUUUACAACUGGAACUUAAAUGUAUUAUUAAAUAACACAUACUAUUCUUAACAGUGCUCUAGCACUUGUAAUUUUGGAACAAGUAAUGCGAAUGCGUAAUUGAAAUGUAUUCCAUGGUAAGUAAAAAGUGGACAAUGCUUCAGUGUGAACCUUUUACACACCACUAUGACUGCCAACUCUUCAUGAACUUAAUUCAGCAGAUCAUGUUAUAUGGGGACAGAUGGCUGAAAAAUAGGAUCGAAAGCCCAUAUGCAUCUCACUACAUCUUUAUCCUCACUAUGAUGAGUUCAGGCAGCUUCUUUUGACGUUGUAUCCUACAUCUGACCUCUUUUGACUUCAUCUUUAUCCUCACUAUGAGUUCAUGCAGCUAAUUAUGAGGUACUAGUACUUACAAUGGUGCCAUUUUGUUUUGCAG